GUGGCCAUUAAACAGAUGAAUCUUCAGCAGCAGCCGAAGAAAGAGCUGAUUAUUAAUGAGAUCCUGGUCAUGAGGGAAAACAAAAACCCAAAUAUUGUGAACUAUCUGGACAGUUACCUUGUGGGAGAUGAGUUAUGGGUUGUCAUGGAAUACUUGGCUGGAGGCUCUUUGACAGAUGUGGUGACAGAAACCUGUAUGGAUGAAGGCCAGAUAGCAGCUGUGUGCCGAGAGUGUCUACAAGCUUUGGAAUUCCUACAUUCGAACCAAGUCAUUCACAGAGAUAUCAAGAGUGACAACAUUCUGCUGGGAAUGGAUGGCUCUGUCAAGUUAACUGACUUUGGAUUCUGUGCACAGAUAACUCCAGAGCAGAGCAAAAGGAGCACUAUGGUGGGAACUCCAUAUUGGAUGGCACCUGAAGUUGUGACAAGGAAGGCCUAUGGACCCAAGGUUGACAUCUGGUCCCUGGGUAUCAUGGCAAUUGAAAUGAUUGAGGGAGAGCCCCCAUACCUCAAUGAAAACCCUUUGAGAGCCUUGUACCUCAUUGCCACCAAUGGGACCCCAGAGCUUCAAAACCCAGAGAAACUGUCGGCUAUUUUUCGGGACUUUUUGAACCGCUGUCUUGAGAUGGAUGUGGAGAAGAGAGGUUCAGCUAAAGAACUACUGCAGCAUCAGUUCCUAAAGAUUGCCAAGCCCCUCUCCAGUCUCACUCCACUGAUUGCUGCAGCAAAGGAAGCAACCAAGAACAGUCACUGAAACCACAUCCACCCCAGAUCAUCGUGCCAAGCCUUCUAUGAAAGAAACUACUCAAUUCGGGAACUCCGAUUCCUCAUGUCCUCUUCCCCUUGCCUUGUUUCUCCCAUUUCCUGAUUUAGUGCUCUCAAGACUUUGAUCCUUGGAAACCAUUUGUCUAGCACUGAAGAGAACUGCAACUGGAUGACUGAUCCAGCAAUAGCCAUUUCUAAAUAGGAAUUCCCUUCUAAUCCAUGGGCAUGGGGGAGGUGACUUAAUGAGCAAGGGUUUACCUGAAUAAACCUGUUUCUACGAAACAGAAAUCUCAACCAUCCCAUUCCUUACCCCUUACAAUCAGUUCUUGACUACAUAAAUUUAUGGUUUGAUAGCAUUAUCAAUUUGCAAUCAGUUGAAAUUUCUUUAGUGCUUUCUUUCUGUGACCAAAUUGCCCAAACACCUCAUUGUAUUUGAAAACCAUAACAGUUUAGAAUGCCAUGGGGCCUGAUAAUCUGCCAGGGACAUGAAGUGGCUCUGUUGCCUGAACCAUGACCUUGGUGCAGCUGAUCCUGACAUGGGAGAACUACCAUGUUUUUCUUUGUGUGUGCUUCUAGCAGCUGUUUGGGAGAACCAUGACCCAGUAGUGUUCCCUGUGCUAUUUCUAGUGAAAUGGUCUUAGCUAUGUAGCAGCUUUUGAUUCCCUGCAUCCCCUAGGCUGCUGCCUGCAUUCUGUUAUAAAUCUUAUUUAUAGCACUGAGAGAUUUCCUAGAGCACAUGCUGAGUAAGAGCAGUGUGAGAAGUCAGAGGAAAAGUGCAGCUACUUUUAGCAUAUGGCUGGGCUUCAGCACCUGGCCAGCUAUACUUAGGUUAUAUUUCAAGACCUCAGCCUGUUUCUACCUGGAACAGGAGCUGAAAGAUGAACUCAUUUGGUAGCUUAACUAUUUCAGUCAAAAGAAAAGGUCUCCAAAUCUGAGAUGAUGUGCUACUAGUGAUAAGGGUACCCUCUUUUUAAAUGCAUGACCAAGCUCUCUGCAAAUGGACAUGCUUCCUCUGGGUGUUGGGGAUAUUUGCUACCUCCUGCUUUCUUUGUGGUUUUGGUUCUUCCACUGUGGUAGGAUGCUUGGCCAGCAUUGUGGCUUGUCAUGUCAGUGCCACUGACUACUUUGUCAUGCUCAGAGGUACUGUUGCCUCAGCAGCACAAGUUUCUAUUUCCUUCAAUAAAAGGAAAUGAAAAUACGCCA